AUCAUCGAGAAAUGGAAACGAAGCGAAUCGGAAGCCAUCUCUCUCUGGCUUUCUUGUAGCAACGCACUCGAAUGCGGUUCAGUUUUUGAGGUGUGGGGUUUUGAAGAACACACAGUAACGGUUCCCCUAUGGCGGUGCCGCUCUACGAGACGCGACAUCACGCUUCCAAUUACUCUCCUCAACACCAGAACCAACAACAGGUGAACGAGAGCGCCAAGGGUACCUUGUUGUCUCUGCUUUCUUCUCGAGGCGUGAGCCAGCUCAAGGAGAAAUGGACCGAAUAUAACCAACCGAAGAGGCUCAGAAGAUUGCUGGCGCUGUUUGUUUCCGGCACGGCCAAACACGUCGCAGUUGCCGCGGGAAAUCAUGAGCAUACGCAGCUAUAA